AUGGCGUGCUCGUUUCCGACCAACCAAGCCAUCGUAGUGGGUGGCGGAUUGGGAGGUAUGUCUGCAGCCAACACCGUGGUGGAGCACGGUGGGAGGGUGGUCUUGCUCGACAAGUCGUCCUUCUGUGGAGGCAACAGCACCAAGGCCACGUCCGGCAUCAACGGCGCAGGCACGAAGACCCAGAAGGCCAAAGGAAUCCCCGACACCGCCGAAAUCUUCACGGCGGACACUUUGAAAGGUGGCGCCAAGAAGCCCGAACUCGCGAAGCUGCUCUGCGACAACAGCGCGGCGGAUGUGGACUGGCUUGUCGAGAAAUUCAACUUGGACCUGUCCCUGGUUGCACGCUUGGGAGGACACUCGCAGCCGCGAACGCACCGCGGAAAGGAGCGAUUUCCGGGCAUGACCAUCACAUACGCACUGAUCCAAAUGCUCGAGAAGGUGGCGGAGAAGACCGACCUUGCCCGCAUCAUCACCAAAGCGAAGGUUUUUAAGCUCGUGACCAAUGGCAAUGCUUGCGUCGGCUGCGUCUACGAGAAAGGUGGAAUCAAUCUCCAGGAGUUUGGUCCCGUGAUUCUGGCUUCAGGUGGCUUCGGCGCCGAUUUCACUCAGGACUCGCUUCUUGCCAAAUACAGGCCGGACCUUCUGCACCUGCCCACCACCAACGGUGAGCACUGCACCGGCGACGGCAUCAAGAUGGGCGAGGCGAUCGGCGCGAAGACCAUCGACCUGGAGUGGGUGCAGGUUCACCCAACCGGACUUGUGAAGCCGGAUGACGCCGAUGCCAAGAUCAAGUUCCUGGCUGCCGAGGCCCUGCGUGGCGUGGGCGGCAUCAUCCUCAACGCGGAUGGAGAGCGCUUCUGCAACGAGCUGGGGCGCCGGGAUUACGUCACCGGCGAGAUGUGGAAGAGCAAGCCGCCUUUCCGGCUUUGCCUCAACAAGGCCGCGAGCGACGAGAUCAUCUGGCACUGCAAGCACUACACUGGCCGUGGAGUCAUGAAGUACUACAACAGCGGUGAUGACUUGGCCAAGGACAUGGGCAUCCCCCUGUCCGUGAUCGAGAAGGCCCACGAGGACCACUACCAGGCUGCCAAGAUGAUGGAGAAGGAUCCCGAAGGAGGCAAAUGGCCCGCGUACCCCUCAGGCAAGUGCUGGGAUGAGGCCAGCGGAAAGACCGGGAGCGGCAAGAAGUUCUACCACAACAUCAUUCCGGGCUCUGCCGUGAAGUCCGAGCCUUUCUACGUGGCCAUCAUCACGCCUGUGAUCCACUACUGCAUGGGUGGUCUCCUCAUCGACACGGACUCCGCCUGUGUCGGCUCCAACAACCUCGCCGUCCCGGGCCUGUACGCUGCCGGCGAGGUGGCUGGCGGCGUGCACGGCAACAACCGCUUGGGAGGAAACUCCCUGCUGGACUGCGUGGUGUUCGGCCGCGUGGCCGGUAAGGCCGCCGCCAAGUACAUGUUGGGCGCCGACAUGAAGGAUGUGGACCUGAUGCAGAUCACCGGCGGAGGGCUGUCAGGCGCGGUGCAGAGCUCCAAGCUGGCUGGCGGCUCCUACGAGGACAAGAUGAACUCUGCUGCCCCGGCGGCCGCUGCAGCUGCACCCGCGGCUGGCGGCGGUGGUGGUGGCGGCAUCAGCCUUGCAGAUGUUGCUAAGCACAACACCAAGACGGACUGCUGGGUGGUGGUCGAUGGCCAGGUGCUUGACGUCACCAGCUUCUUGUCGGAGCACCCCGGUGGCGAGCUGGCUAUCCUCACCUUCGCUGGGAAGGAUGCCACGGAGGAGUUCAACAUGAUCCACCCGCCUGACGUCAUCGGUAAGUAUGCUCCCGACUCGGUGAUCGGCAUGAUCGGUGGCGGAGGAGGUGGUGGCGGUGCUGUAGCGGCCGCUGGAGGCGGUGGCGGUGGCGGUGGUGGCAUCACAUUGGAGGAAGUCGCCAAGCACAACAGCAAAGCAGACUGCUGGGUGGUGGUGGAUGGCCAGGUCUUGGACGUCACCUCAUUCCUCUCGGAACACCCGGGCGGCGAGUUGGCCAUCCUCACUUUCGCAGGCAAGGAUGCCACAGAGGAGUUCAACAUGAUCCACCCACCGGAUGUGAUCGGAAAGUAUGCCCCCGAUUCUGUCAUCGGCAAGGUCGGCUCCGGUGCGCCGGCUGCCGCGCCUGCCGCCGGGGGCGGACUGGAUGCCCCGUUGCUGGCCAAGGAUGGCCACAAGGGCAAGGACUGGUCAAGGGCAGAGAAGAACCGGGAGCAGCGCAUGAAGGGCGAAGGAAGAAUCCCCGGCUGGAUUGGUGCGAUUUUCUACAUGGUCUUGGGCUUCAUGAAAGAGAUUCUCUUCACCAUUGUGCCGCAAAGCAAUGUGACCAUCACUGGUGACCGCGUCGGUCUCACCCGCUCCGCCAUGUUCCUUUUCAUCUUCAUUAUCAUCCAUGCCGUGGGCAACCUGCACGUGUUCCUAGGCCCAGAUGACUUCAACGGCUACGGCUACUUCUAUGUGCGUCUCUACUGGACUGGUUUCGGUUUCCAGGCGAACAUCGUCGAGGAGUACAUCCUGCUUGCCGCACUGUUGCACGUCUUCGUCGCCUUGAAGAGGACCUGGGACAUCAGCAUGAACUACUCUGUUGCGUCUGGCAAGCUUAACCUUGCUUUCUCCGGCGUGACGCUGCUCACGUUCAUGAUGAUCCACCUGUACCAGUUCCGCUUCGGCGACACUGAGCCCUGGAAGCUCUGCCCGCCGCCAUACCUGCUGAACUUGGCGACUCUGCUCCAGUUGAGGCUGAACCUCUUCUGGGUUGACACCCCAGGAUGCCAGGCGGUGUACGUGCGCGAUAUCUACCGCAUGGAGUUCGAGAUCUUCCAGUCGCUGGGCUGGGUGCUCUUCUACUUGGCGGCUGUGAUCAUCUUCAGCACGCACAUGUGCCUGGGCUGGCAGAAGGUCGUCCCAGCGCCGGCCUUGGAGAUCCCCAAGAAGUACCACAGCAGAGCCAUCCACAUGGGUUACGUCUUCACCUUCUUCAUCGCUUUGAUCUAUGCCUCCUUCCCGCUCUACACCCACCUCUUCGCCAUGUCCUCCGGAUCCUUGAGCCAGGAGCCGGCACAGCCGUGA